AUGGAUUUUUUGUUUGGUCGAAGGAAAACGCCAGCUGAAAUGCUUCGGCAAAAUCAGAGAGCCCUUAAUAAGGUAACUUUAAUUUAUCUCAAGUUUUUAUCUUUUGGUUUUUUUCAGGCAAUUCGAGAACUUGACAGAGAACGUGCUCGAAUGGAAGCACAAGAGAAGAAAAUCAUUGCAGACAUCAAAAAUAUGGCGAAAAAGAAUCAAAUGGAUUCAGUUCGAGUUAUGGCUAAAGAUUUGGUUCGAACUCGAAAUUAUGUCAAAAAGUUUAUAAUGAUGAAAGCGAAUAUUCAAGCGGUUUCGUUGAAAGUUCAAACAUUGAAAAGUCAAGAUGCAAUGGCUUCGGUUAGUAUUUUAAAUGUUUCAAAAUAGAAUAUGAUCCAGAAAAAGGUUCCAUAGCUUUUUUUGGAACCCUUAUAAACUCACAAGUUUCAUAUUUUCCAUAAAAAUUUUUUUAGGCGAUGAAAGGUGUUACAAAAGCGAUGCAAUCAAUGAACAGACAAUUGAAUUUGCCACAAAUCCAGAAAAUUAUGAUGGAAUUUGAGAAACAAAGUGAAAUAAUGGAUAUGAAAGAGGAAAUAAUGGGAGAUGCAAUUGAUGAUGCAUUGGGAGAAGCUGGAGAUGAAGAAGAAACUGAUGCUGUUGUUAAUCAGGUAUAUUUAUAUUUUGUUAUUUAAAAAUUUCAAUCGGAAUGCGGAAAUAUUCAUAUUUACCAAAACGAAAUUUUUUUCGGUUUCCUUAAAGAGAAAAAAAUUGAGAGGUUGUUAUUUCCAAAUAAUAUUUUUUCCAGGUUCUCGAUGAACUUGGUAUUCAAAUGGGCGAAGAAAUGGCUGGUUUGCCAUCCGCAGCUGGCGGUUUAUCUGCUGGAGGUGAAAAAGUUGGAAGACAAGCAGUUGCUGCUGGAGGUGGACCGAGUGGAAGUGGAGGAAUUGGUGGAAGCGGUGGGGGAGCUGAUAUUGAUGAUGAUUUGCAAGCAAGAUUGGAUCAAUUAAGACGAGAAUAA